GUUUAUCGGCCGCAAAAGCUUGCUGCCACACUCUCGUCCUUCCAGUGCCACUUCUGCAAGAGCCGCUUCGAGGUCGCCUUCAGAGUUCUCUUUCUGUCAUUUUCGGGCAUGAUAUCCCGAUGUCCCUUCGACACAUGCCAAGGCCUGGACAAAUGAGAUGACUACACGCACGUAACCUGCUGCCACAAACACGGUGUGGUGUUCUUCAGUUGCGGGGUCGGCUCAUCAGCUCUCAGCUUUCCAGAACGAUGUGAUCGUCCGAGACAGGAACCUUGGCGCUUCCGUUCGUACUCUGGAGCCCUGCGUGCUGGCUGGAGAACUUUGGAACUCAAGCUCUACAGCCAAGACGGGAACGGAGAUCAUGGCGGCGUGGCUUACAAUACCAAGCCGGUAACCCUACCGUUGAUACCACCUACGACCACAACACACCAACACAGGUGUUAGGCAUUUACCCCCUACAUGACACCUCCAUUUCUCCUCCCCCGCACACGUUGACCCCAGCCUGGUCAGCAAACGGCUGGCUGGUUUCCGGUUUUGAGUCAAGUGUGGUGUGUGGGCUGGGGAACCCAGUUGCACCAUGUCAAUCUUGACCGCGACUGGCUAGUGUCCAUUCUCAAUGUCAUAACUUGGGAUAAUGAUGUCUGAUUCCCGGCUUCACGGCAACAAAGUGCUUGCAUGAGAGCCCGGGUUCCUAAGCUGCGGGCCCAGUGGUUCGCUUCUCCAUCCUCGCAUCCCACCCCAAGUUAGUUACAGGUUCGAAAAAGCGCCGAGAUUGGGAUGCCACCGCACCAAACCCCAUUCUCCAUCUGUGAAAUACAAAAUGCAAGAAGGGUUGAGUAGUACAGAUAUCUCUGCAACCUUCUCGCUGCAACCGAGAGAAAACAUGGACUCAACCGGCUGAAGACCCAGGCAUGCAAGCGUGCUUGAUGUGUCGGAUCGCUAUCAAGGUACAUAGGUACGUGCCUGAAGCUAAACAAAAUGGCUCAUGCUUAGGGCAACUCUUCCUGCGAUUUGGCUUCGGCUGUAUGCGCUCCCCCUAUUGACCCACCAAGUCCACACCCACUUUCCGAUACACAUACAGAGAGACCCCAGGAACUGGAAGACCCGAGUCCCCGAGUCCGUGUGUAUCUUUCCAUGGAUGCCCGUGCUAGUGACACCCGAUAGGAGAAGGGGCCAGACAGCCCACCCCCUUGUCCAGCGCUCUGGAGGCUUCCCACUCGUGCCUCGUGCCUGGUCUAUAUAAUUUACGCUCUGCCCCGUGUCCCGUUUCCUUUUCUCUAGCUUCCCAAAAUCAUCUCGACUGCCUCCUCACUUCUCUGACCUUCGUCUACCUUUCUUCACUCUCAGCCACUACCAUAUAAGCGCCAGCUCUACACACACUUACACACACACAUCUCCUCACUAUCAAGAUGUCUUCCUCACCCACCACCAGCACCCCCAAUCUCUCUGCUUCCUCCAGCACGGUUGACCUCUCCCACUACGACCCCAAGGUCCGCAACCUGCUCGAGACCGGUAGCGUCAAGUUCCACAUUCGCACCGCUGGUGCCAAGUGGGAGUGCACCAUUGUCGACCGGAAUACGCACGAAAGAAGAAAGACCCUCCGCGGAGACUCCUCCUCCUCCAUCACAACGCUUGACUCCCACCAAGCGAGCCCUUCUGCUCACUGAUUACCUACCUCACACACUCACGAUGUUCUCUCUGACUUGCUGAUGGUGGUUGGUGGUGGUGCCGAUAUCGCUCAGCUGAAAGUCCCGGGAUGAGCUGAAUAGGGUUCAGGGCUUUGGGGGGUCCAAAAAUCCCGCCUCCUGGCUUUCCCCCAUGAUGUUUCUCCACGAUCCCGGGAAUCGGGAUCCGGGGAUAAUUCUACCAUUGAACGGAUAUAUCGGGGGUGGAGCUGUGGUGUGGAUCCCAUCGGCACAAGCUGGAAACGCGCGCAAUUGUGGAGCUCUUUCAGCUUGUCUUUUUCGCGAGCGACUGGCUCGGGACGUCACCGUCUUCACCACUUUCGGGAUUCCGAGAGAUCGCGGUUUUUUUUGGGGGGGGAGAAGGGGCAUUGGUUUGGUUUGUCAUAAGCGGGAUUGGGAAAGGUGUUUAAGGCGUUAAAUAAUAUCAUUUGAUUAGUUGGCUAAGUUUGAAGGAACAAUACCCGAGUUUGGCUAGGGAUGUACACAAAAUAAAAAUUAUCAAAGUUACAACAUGCCUGCCUUGCUGCUUUGGCGCAUGAACACUUGGGAAUUAUGCCGCCUUUGCCGUGAUGUCUAACAGAGGUUGGAUCCCCAUGGAGCGUUAUGCGCGGGCUAGAGCGUUUAGAUCGAGUGGAGUGGAAACCCUUAAACUCAAAUUCCGACAUCUUCCUUAUGCCACUAUACUCGGGAGUGGAGGUAUGUACCACUGAAAACAUGCUCACACUAAGGAGGGGUCAGGAGACUGUUGAGCGACACAUUUGCCCAAGUGCCCAACGGGAAUUUGCUGGUUUAUAAGCCUCAAAGCGAACGCUUGAUUAACGGAAUUGACAAUGACACCAGCAAUAUCAAGUUUUAGAAUGCGAUGUCGUCGAAGAUCGGUACAAGGGGUGAGGAAACGAAAGAUGGCCAAGCCGGGCUUGAUCUUGGCUUGAAAGCUUGUUUUGGUGGUUUCGCCUUGGCGAUCCGAGUGUGGGAUUUCAAGGGGGUAUACUUUUAUUGCUUGCCCAUUACCUAUCUUGUUCAAGAAAGUGGAAAGACACACGAGAUAUA